GUCAACGAUGCCCCAGCCUUGAACCAAGCAGACAUCGGCGUGGCCAUGGGCAUCCAGGGUACUGAGGUGGCGAAGGGCGCUGCAGAUAUGGUGCUUACCGACGACAACUUCUGCUCCAUUGUCAAUGCAGUGGAGAAGGGACGUGCCAUCUACGCGGGCAUUCAGAAGUUUGUGGCAUUCAUCAUGUCUGUGCACAUUGCAGAGGUUAUGCAAAUCUUCAUUUGCAUCGUGGUGGGCAUCCCAGUGAUGCGAACACCUUUGCAGAUCCUUUUCCUGAUCCUUGUGACCGAUCUGCCUCCGUCCAUUGCCUUGGGCAUGGAGCCAGGUGAAGCCCACAUUUUGAAGAUGCGCCCACGACCCAAGGAAGAGCCUAUCGUGCUGAUGUGGAUGUGGCUAGCAAUGAUCAUGAAUGGUGCUGUGCUCACAGUUGUGGUCGUGGCCGUUUACCUCAUCUCUCUCAUCAACUAUUGCGAUGGCGAAGUCCUUCAAUCCAAUAUCUACCUGCUUGACAGCUAUGAAGUGAGGCUCAGCAAAGCGCAGACUGUCGCUUUCAUCUCCCUGGUGUGGUCGGAAAAUAUCCGUGCCUACAUCUCACGAUCCUUCACAAACCCAAUGUGGCAUGAUAUUCUUGGGAACAAGCACAUGCAGAAGGCUAUCGUGAUGGCGCAGAUCUGCCUCUAUGUCGCUGUCCUGACCCCCUACCUGUCAGACAGAAUAUUGGGCCUUCGCGGCCUUGAGAUCGGAUUCUUCGGUUGGGCCCUGG